GAGAAACCUUAUCCGCCAGAGGUAGGAGGCGCAAAGGAAAUCGGCCGCCAUGCAGAUCUUCGUGAAAACCCUUACUGGCAAGACCAUCACCCUCGAGGUCGAAUCCAGUGAUACCAUUGACAAUGUCAAAGCUAAGAUUCAGGACAAAGAAGGCAUUCCACCGGACCAACAGAGGUUGAUAUUCGCCGGGAAGCAGCUGGAGGAUGGCCGUACUCUUGCCGAUUAUAACAUUCAGAAAGAGUCAACAUUGCACCUUGUUUUGAGGCUUAGAGGUGGCAUCAUUGAGCCGUCAUUGAUGGCAUUGGCCAGGAAAUAUAAUCAGGACAAGAUGAUCUGCCGCAAGUGUUAUGCUCGUUUACACCCUCGUGCGGUCAACUGCAGGAAAAAGAAGUGUGGACACAGCAACCAACUGAGGCCAAAGAAGAAAAUCAAGUAGACUGUUUCUUUCGCGAGUUAUGCGGUGUUAUCAUGGAUUUCGGCAUUGGCCUUGGAGUCCUGAUAGCUCUCUGGAGUGUUAGGGUUGUAGGUUCGUAGUUGAGCUACAAAUAUUUUUGGAAUUGCACUGCCAUAGUUUCUUAUGAUUUUGAUCUUUUUCUGAGAUGCAUUCAAACGAAUUAUGUUUCCGUUUUAUGUGAUGAUACCGUGCUUCUCUUACCAUUGAAAUUGGCCAGCGUCUUUGUUUUCCUUAGCA